AUGGUGGUAAUGCGGGGUGACCUACAACCCAAUAAGCUGUAUAAGUUAAUUGGGGCCACUAUAGUUAGGGGAGCAGCUAUUUCUGUAAAUCAAGGUAUAGAAGACAAGACUAAACUCAGCCAUCAUAGGCUUGGGCACAUAUGCCAAAAAGGGUUGCAAGAAUUACACAAGCAAGGCCUAUUGGAAGGCAUGUCAUCUUGCAAACUGGACUUCUGUGAAUAUGUGUUCUUGGAAAGCAAAGGAAGGUAUCAUUCACGAGUAGCAGUGCAGAUAACCGAAGCAAGGAACAACUCAGCUAUAUUCACUCAGAUGUUUAGGGCCCUGCACCAACCAAAUCAAAUGAAAAAAUCCGAGGUUUUUGCAAAGUUCAAGGAAUGGAAAACUAAAACCGAGAAUCAAACUGGAAGAAAGAUCAAGUACCUGAGAAGUGACAAUGGAGAUCACCAUCUACAAUUCUCGAUUUUAAGAGUGCAGAAUAGGUAUGGUCUGAGAAGCCGGUGGACUAUUCCAAGCUCAGGGAGUGAAGGGUUUCAGGAUAUCAACAACAGGAAAAAGGUUGUCAGCCGAGGUGCUGUCUUUGAUGAGACAACCAUGGCUCUGGAUAAAGUCGAGAGCAGUAUGGAGAAGAAAGACGAUGCUGAAAUUGAAGCAACAAAGAUUCCGUUAAUCAGUUUAGACGAAGAAGAAGCUCAGGUGGAGCAAAUUGAGCAAGAUGCCGAAUCUGAUGGUUUUGAGGAAGAAGAAGAGCAUCAACAUCAUCACCAAUUAGGAAUCAAGUGGAGCAAGAAACAUGGCAGAUUGAAGGCACUCUAA